ACACCGAUACAAGUGUGGUUGUGGUCAAAAAAAAUCAGAUAAUGGAAUAUUUUUUAUUCUGUGCAUUGUGAAGUGAGAAGAAAAGAAAAAAAAGGUGAUAUAGCUAUUACAAAAGCUAUUUAUUAAUAUGUCAAUUCACAAGCUUCACAACGUAAACAAAAAGAAAAUCAAGUGAACAUAAUUUGUAAACGCAUUUGACUAAAAUUUAAAAACAAGUUAAACAGAAUCUAACGAAAAGAAAAUUCAAUAAAAUUUAUUUUUAUAAGAAACAUCCAUCGCUUUUCUUCGUUCGGCUAGCUGUGUGGAGAUUACGAUUUGUAACAAAAUGCAGAACCAACAACAGUCGCCAAAUCAAAAUACGCAGCAACUGCAACAGCAGGCCGUAACACAAACACAAUUGAUAUUGCCGCACCAACAGCAGCAACAACAGCAGACACAAUUGGUACAAAAUCAAGGCAAUACAGUGGGCAAGAUCAAUGACACUCAAAAUUUAUCAUCUGUUGGACUUUUAGAGUUGGCUCAUCGUGAGUAUCAAGCAGUUGACUAUGAAAAUGCUGAAAAACAUUGUAUGCAAUUGUGGCGACAAGAUAGCACCAAUACAGGAGUGCUAUUGCUAUUAUCUUCCAUACAUUUUCAAUGUCGACGUUUGGAAAAAUCUGCACAGUUCUCAACGCUGGCUAUAAAACAAAAUCCCUUAUUAGCCGAAGCUUAUAGUAACUUGGGUAAUGUUUUCAAAGAACGUGGACAAUUGCAAGAAGCUUUAGAAAAUUAUCGUCGUGCUGUACGUUUGAAGCCCGAUUUCAUUGACGGCUAUAUUAAUUUGGCCGCUGCUUUAGUGGCAGCUAGAGAAAUGGAGGCGGCUGUACAGGCCUACAUAACAGCUUUGCAGUACAAUCCAGAUUUGUACUGUGUACGCAGUGACUUGGGUAAUCUUUUGAAGGCCUUGGGUCGUCUUGAAGAGGCUAAGGCUUGUUACUUGAAAGCCAUUGAAACUUGCCCUAGUUUUGCAGUGGCAUGGAGCAAUUUGGGUUGUGUAUUUAAUGCUCAGGGUGAAAUAUGGUUGGCUAUACAUCAUUUCGAAAAGGCCGUUACUUUGGAUCCCAAUUUUCUGGAUGCUUAUAUCAAUUUGGGCAAUGUUUUAAAGGAAGCACGAAUUUUCGACAGAGCUGUGGCAGCAUAUUUGAGAGCAUUAAAUUUGUCUCCUAACAAUGCUGUGGUGCAUGGUAAUUUGGCCUGUGUUUAUUAUGAACAGGGUUUGAUUGAUUUGGCCAUUGAUACCUACAGAAGGGCCAUCGAAUUGCAGCCGAAUUUCCCCGAUGCUUACUGUAAUUUAGCCAAUGCUCUGAAAGAGAAAGGACAGGUAGUUAAAGAGGCAGAGGAAUGCUACAAUACCGCUCUACGUUUGUGUCCCAAUCAUGCCGACUCCUUGAACAAUUUGGCCAACAUUAAGCGCGAACAAGGUUUUAUCGAAGAAGCUACACGUUUGUAUUUGAAAGCUUUGGAAGUUUUUCCUGACUUUGCGGCAGCUCAUUCAAAUUUGGCUUCGGUUCUGCAACAACAAGGCAAGCUUAAGGAGGCUCUUAUGCAUUACAAAGAAGCUAUACGAAUUAACCCAACAUUUGCCGAUGCCUACUCCAACAUGGGCAACACCCUCAAGGAAUUGCAGGAUGUGGCUGGCGCCUUGCAAUGUUAUUCGCGAGCCAUACAAAUCAAUCCAGCAUUUGCAGAUGCCCACAGCAAUUUGGCUAGCAUUCACAAGGAUUCUGGUAACAUUCCCGAAGCCAUACAAUCGUAUCGCACUGCAUUGAAGUUGAAACCAGAUUUUCCCGAUGCCUAUUGCAAUUUGGCACAUUGUUUGCAAAUCGUUUGCGAUUGGACGGACUAUGAGGCGCGCAUGAAGAAAUUGGUGAGCAUUGUAGCCGAGCAGUUGGAAAAGAAUCGUCUACCAUCUGUUCACCCACAUCAUUCGAUGUUGUAUCCGUUGUCGCACGACUUCCGCAAAGCAAUUGCGGCUCGGCACGCCAACUUGUGUAUAGAAAAAAUUCUUGUUUUACACAAGCCUCCGUAUAAGUUUACACGUGAAGUGCCGAAUGGCGAACGUAUACGUAUUGGUUAUGUCAGCUCGGACUUUGGCAACCAUCCCACCUCACAUUUGAUGCAAUCUGUUCCGGGGCUCCACGAUCGCGGUAUCGUUGAGAUUUUCUGUUACUCUCUCAGUCCCGACGAUGGUACCACGUUCCGUUAUAAGAUAUCGCAGGAGGCAGAGCACUUUAUCGACUUGUCGACUAUACCCUGCAACGGCAAGGCGGCCGAUCGCAUCUACAAUGACGGCAUACACAUAUUGGUCAAUAUGAAUGGCUACACCAAGGGGGCACGUAAUGAAAUCUUCGCCUUGCGGCCGGCACCCAUACAGGUUAUGUGGUUGGGCUACCCGGGCACGAGCGGUGCUUCAUUUAUGGACUACAUCAUAACAGAUUCAGUAACGAGUCCCAUGGAGUUGGCACACCAAUACAGUGAGAAAUUGGCAUACAUGCCAUACACUUACUUCAUUGGGGAUCACAAACAGAUGUUCCCCCAUCUAAAGGAACGCAUUCUUGUGGCCGACAAGUCGCAAACGACCGUGUCCGACAAUGUGGCUGUCAUCAAUGCCACUGAUCUAUCGCCGCUGGUGGAAAAUACAGGUGUUAAGGAGAUACGCGAAGUAAUCAAUGCCAACAAACAGUUGGAAGUUACACAUAAAGUUGCCGAACUUCCCAAUACCACUCAAAUUGUCUCAAUGAUCGCUAGCGGACAAGUGCAGACCUCCCUCAACGGCGUCGUUUUACAAAAUGGUUUGGCCACUACACAGACAAACAACAAGGCAGCCACUGGUGAGGAGGUGCCACAAACUAUUGUCAUCACUACCAGACGGCAAUAUCAUUUGCCCGACGAAGCUAUUGUCUAUUGCAAUUUCAAUCAAUUGUAUAAAAUCGAUCCCUUAACACUGCAGACAUGGAUGAACAUCUUAAAGGCUGUGCCCAACUCGGUGUUGUGGCUGCUGAGAUUCCCUGCGGUGGGAGAACAGAAUAUUAAGAAAACUGUUGAAGAGAUGGGUGUUGAUCCAGAACGUGUUAUCUUUUCGAAUGUGGCUUGUAAGGAAGAGCAUGUACGUCGUGGUCAAUUGGCAGAUGUAUGUCUCGACACGCCACUGUGUAAUGGACACACCACAUCAAUGGAUGUUCUAUGGACUGGCACACCAGUUGUCACACUACCAGGAGAAACAUUAGCAUCAAGAGUGGCUGCUUCACAGCUGGCUACCUUGGGAUGUCCCGAAUUAAUAGCUAGUACCCGCCAAGAAUACCAAGAAAUUUCCAUACGUUUGGGCACAGAUCGUGAAUAUCUCAAGACCUUGCGUGCCAAAGUGUGGAAGGCACGCGCUGACAGUCCUUUAUUUGAUUGUUCACAAUAUGCCAAAGGUUUGGAAAAGUUAUUCUUGCGCAUGUGGCAAAGAUUUUUAAGGAGCGAUUCACCAGAUCAUAUUGCCGCUAUAGAUAAUAAAUAAAUAAAUUAAUUAUUUAAUUAAUUAGUUCAACACAAUCAUACAAACAACAACACAUAAUGAGACACAAGUUUUAAACAACCACACUUCACAUUUCAUCAAAUCAUUAAGUAUACAACUUCCAUCUAUAACAACUAUUAACUACAUAAAUAAAUAUAUUAUUCUUCAUUCGUAAAUGCAUAUUCAUACAUAAUUAUUUUAAGUUUUCCAAAAACCAGAAAUAGAAAAAAAGGAAAUAACCAAAAACAGAAAAAAAAAAACAAUUGAACAAUUUUCAUACUACUAAACUAGUUUUAGCUAUAUUAUAAUACAAACAAAAGAGAAAUCAAAUCAUAUUAACAUACAAUUUGUUGGAAGAUGCCGAGCAAAAAUAUUUGGAAAACAAAAUAUUAUAAAAACAAAACCAAAUUCAAAUUAUUAAUAUUAGUUUAGUUUAUACAUAUAUGAAAAACCAAAC